AGCGCGCAGACUGAUAUCUGUCAAGAGAGCCAGCUGCAGAGCCCGGUGGCCUCGGCUGAACCAACUGGGGUGUGCGGGGCGCUGCCCGGGCAAGGAUCCUGUGCGACCCUUGAUCUGUUUCUUCAUCCUUACGAGGAAUAAACCUCUCGAUACUAGCUGACUUGCUCCUGGAAAGGGGACGGAUAUUCAAGACCCAUUCAUCUUCCAGUGGACACAUAGCCCACCAUUUGCGGCGUCCGCAGUUGGCAGUUUUGGCAGGUGUUUGCCACAUUGGUAAGAGACUUCGGAAAGAAACAUGGCUAAUGGACAAGACCGGGUAGUAGCUUUACUGGACAUGGACUGCUUUUUUGUUCAAGUGGAGCAGCGGCAAAAUCCUCAUUUGAGGAAUAAACCUUGUGCAGUCGUACAGUACAAAUCAUGGAAGGGUGGUGGAAUAGUUGCGGUGAGUUAUGAAGCCCGUGCAUUUGGGGUCACUAGAAACAUGUGGGCAGAUGAUGCUAAGAAGUUAUGCCCAGAUCUUCUACUGGCACAAGUUCGUGAAUGCCGUGGGAAAGCUAACCUCACAAAGUACCGGGAAGCCAGUGUGGAAGUAAUGGAGGUAAUGUCUCGUUUUGCUGGGAUUGAACGUGCCAGCAUUGAUGAAGCUUUUGUAGACCUGACCAGUGCUGUACAAGAGAGACUACAAAAGCUACAAGGUCAGCCUAUCUCAGCAGAUUUGUUGCCAACCACCUACAUUGAAGGGUUGCCCCAAGGCCCUACACCAGCAGAAGAGACUGUUCAGAAAGAGGAGCUGCGAAAACAAGGCUUACUGCAAUGGCUCAGCUCUCUUGAGACUGAGAACACCGCCUCUCCAGACCUACAGCUCACCGUGGGGGCAGUGAUUGUGGAGGAAAUGAGAGCGGCCAUCGAGAGGCACACUGGGUUUCAGUGUUCGGCUGGAAUUUCACACAAUAAGGUCCUGGCAAAACUGGCCUGUGGACUAAACAAGCCCAACCACCAGACCCUGGUCUCACAUGGGUCAGUCCCGCAGCUCUUCAAGCACAUGCCUAUUAACAAAGUCCGUAAUCUCGGAGGAAAGCUGGGAGCCUCUGUCACUGAAAUCCUGGGGAUAGAAUACAUGGGUGAACUGACCCAGUUCACUGAAUCUCAGCUCCAGAGUCACUUUGGGGAGAAGAAUGGAUCUUGGCUAUAUGCCAUGUGCCGUGGAAUUGAACAUGAUCCAGUUAGACCCAGGCAAAUUCCCAAAAGCAUUGGCUGUGGCAAGAACUUCCCAGGACAAACAGCUCUGGUUACUCGGGAACAGGUACAAUGGUGGCUUUUGCAAUUAGCCCAGGAAUUAGAGGAGAGACUAAUAAAGGACCGAAAUGACAAUGACAGGGUAGCCACCCAGUUGGCCGUGAGCAUUCGUGUGCAAGGAGACAAACGUCUCAGCAGUCUGCGCCGCUGCUGUGCCCUUACCCGCUAUGAAGCUCACAAAAUGAGCCAGGAUGCAUUUGCUGCCAUCAGGAACUGUAAUACUUCAGGAGUACAAACCAGAUGGUCCCCUCCCCUCACAAUGCUUUUCCUCUGUGCUACCAAAUUCUCUGCCCCUGCCCCUUCAUCUUGCACAGACAUCACCGUCUUCUUGAGUAACGACUCAAGUUCUCUGCCAAAGGUGCCAGUUACCAGUCCAGAAACUAAGACCCAGGGAAGUGGCCCAUCGGUGACAGCCACUAAGAAAGCAACCACUUCUCUGGAAUCAUUUUUCCAAAAAGCUACAGAAAAGCAGGUGGUCAAAGAAGUUCCACUUUCAUCUCUUACUACCACUACCCAGGCCCUCAAGAGCAAUUCACCACGCAAGCCCUCGUUAUCUUUCCAAACCAGCUGUACUACAGGAAUUGAGCCCUUCUUUAAGCAGAAAAGCGUGCUUCUAAAGGAGAAACAGCUUAAUGAUCCUUCAGUCAUCCCUACACCAAAUCUACAGUCUAGCCCUAAAAAGUUACCAAACUAUUUUCCAAAAAAAUAUCCAGAUUCUGCCCCUGUCUGUGAAGAGGUUUCCAAGCUCGAAUCCUUUAAAGCAACUCCUGCAGAGAUGGAUUUGACCCAGAACAGCCCAAGCAGGCCUGCCUCUUUCACAUCCCAGGCUGCUCCGGAGAGGGCUCAGAAGGCAACUACCACCCCAAGUCUGCUGGCUACUGAGGACCAAGUGGCCUGUGAGAAGUGUGGCUCUCUGGUACCUGUAUGGGAGAUGCCGGAACAUACGGACUAUCAUUUUGCACUGGAGUUACAGAAAUCCUUUUUGCAGCCCCAUUCCUCAAACCCCCAGCUUGUUCCUGCCAUUUCUCCUCAAGGCAAAAGAAAUCCCAAGAGCCCUUUGGCCUCUAGUAAUAAACGCCCUAGGCCUGAAGGCAUGCAGACCUUGGAAUCAUUUUUUAAGCCAUUAACACCCUAGUGCUGUCCUCAGGCUUGCUGCAGGGUUUUAAUAUUUUAUCGAUAA